CGGCGCGGUGGCUGCGAGCGGCGGGGCCCCGCUCCGCUCCGCUCCGGUACCGGCCCCGGUACCGGCCCCGGCCCCCGCCCGCCGCACCCCCGCCAGCAAGGUGGCACUUGGCUUGCUGCCAUCAGUAGGCUUCAGGGGUAACGCCGCUGCCUGAGCAGCCCGGCGGCGCGGUGAGGGGCUGUGGGGGAGCUCUUCUCUCCCCCAGAAAGUGCCAUGGACCCCCCUGGACCCCCCCACGCCACCUAGAUAUACCUCCAGCCAGCACCGGCAGCCCCUCGGCCACUGCACCCUCAGGGCAGCAGGAUGGCCCAGCAGCGCCACACCAUCCCCCCACCACUCAAGACGGAGGAGGACUACAUCCCCUACCCCAGCGUGCAUGAGGUGCUGGGCCGAGAGGGGCCGUUUCCCCUCAUCCUCCUGCCGCAGUUUGGGGGUUACUGGAUCGAGGGCACCAACCACCAGCUAAGCGGGGCACCCGAGGGCCCCCCUACCCCAGCACCCGGCAGCCGGGCAAGGCUUGAGGGCAACCACACGGCCAAGAUCUACCGCAAGCACUUUUUGGGCAAGGAGCACUUCAACUACUACUCCCUGGACCCCACUCUGGGCCACCUCGUCUUCUCCCUCAAGUAUGAUGAGCAGGAGCACCUCCACCUGCUGCUGCGUACCCGCACCCGCACCCUGCAUGACGUGGUGCCCAUUUCCUGCCUGGCCGAGUUCCCCAACGUGGUGCAGAUGGCCAAGCUGGUGUGCGAGGAUAUCAAUGUGGAUCGGUUCUACCCUGUGCUCUAUCCCAAGGCAUCCCGCCUCAUCCUCGCCUUUGAUGAGCACGUGCUCAGCAACCACUUCAAAUUUGGGGUCAUCUACCAAAAGCUGGGGCAGACCUCCGAGGAGGAGCUUUUUGGCACCACGGAGGAGAGCCCGGCGUUUGCCGAAUUCCUCGACGUCCUGGGUCAACGGGUGCAGCUGCGGGACUUCAAGGGGUUUCGGGGAGGGCUGGAUGUGACCCACGGGCAGACGGGCAGCGAGUCGGUGUACUGCCACUUCCGUGACAAGGAGAUCAUGUUCCACGUCUCCACCAAGCUGCCCUACACCGAGGGGGAUGCCCAGCAGCUGCAGCGGAAGCGUCAUAUCGGCAAUGACAUCGUGGCCAUCGUCUUCCAGGACGAGAACACCCCCUUCGUCCCUGACAUGAUCGCCUCCAACUUCCUCCACGCCUUUGUGGUGGUGCAGCUGGAGCAGGGUGGCCCCCAGGGCACCCUCUACAAGGUCUCUGUCACCGCCCGUGACGAUGUGCCCUUCUUCGGCCCGCCGCUGCCUGACCCUGCUGUCUUCAGGAAGGGCCCAGAGUUCCAGGAGUUCCUGCUGACAAAGCUCAUCAACGCCGAGUACGCCUGCUACAAGGCCGAGAAGUUCGCCAAGCUGGAGGAGCGGACGCGGGCGGCGCUGCUGGAGACGCUGCACGAGGAGCUGCAGGCCCGCAGCCAGGCCAUGCUGGGGCUGGGCCCCGACGACGAUCGCCCUGACAACGGCGCCGCCGCCCCCGGUUUCUUCGAGUCCUUCAAGCGGGCGCUGCGGGGCCGCAGCCCCUCCCUGGAGGCCGUGGGGCUGGGACCCCGCCGGGCCCCCCCACCGCCCUCCCCCAACGCCGCCAACGCCGCCGCCAACGCCGCCGCCGGACCCCCCGACGGCGCCGCGGGGCCCGCCAGCUCGCUGCUGGUGCCCGGGAGCCGGCGGGGACGCCGCGGCAGCGCCAUCGGGCUGGGCUCGGUGGAAGAGGCGCUGCUGGUGCCCGGGAAGAGUCCGUCGCGGCGGCGGCCCGGGCCGCUCGGCUCCCGCCGCUCCAGCGCCAUCGGUAUCGAGAGCAUCCAGGAGGCGCCGGCCGGCAGGGACGGCCCCGCCGCCGCCCCCGAGGGCGCCUGCUCCGCACACAGCUCCCCCGAGAGCCGCCGGCACCCCGGCAGGGCUGAGAAGCCGGAGCCGCCGGAUUUCUCCCGCUCCUCCUCCAGCGCCAGCAGCUUUGGCAGUGCCAGCGAGGAGCCCAGCGAGCCGGGCAGGGAGAGCCGCUCGCCCUUGGGGACCCACUGUGACGCCUUCACUGACACCCCCUGGCCGGAUGACCCCCCCGGGACCCCCCCAGGCCGCCGCCCCCCUGACCCCCCCUGCCCCGAGAUCAAAAUCCAGCUGGAGCAGCCCCCCCAUAACCCGGGCUCAUAGUCACCUCCCCCAUCCCCGGGGGUGGGGGUCACUCCUUUGUGUCCCCCCUGCGUGCCACCCCCGUGCCAGGAGCUGAAGCCAUCAUCCCCGGUGCACGAUUUGGGGGGACCCUCCCAAAAAUGGGGGUGUCCCCUCCUCCAGACAAUCUCCGUCACCCCAAGUACCCCUUGGGGGGGGUGAUGCACCGCGAAGGGCCCACCCCCCCCCACUGUGACCCCAAUGUCGCACAGGAGGUGCUCCCCCAAAACGCAGAGUGGGUCCAAUCCGAGCAUCACCCCCUCCCUAAAAAAAAAGGGGGGCUCAAAUCCAGGGCAAAUCAAAAGUGGGGCUCCCCUUGCCCCCCCCCUUUUAUUUUAAGGGGAAAAAACUCUGGAAUGGGUCAGAUGCUGGAAUUGGGGGGGGGGAUUAUUUUUUCAAGCUCCCCCAAAUCGUGUUUGUGUUUCCCAUGUGUCCUGUAUAAAAUAAAGGUUUAUUUAUCGCU